UUGAUUAUUUGACCUUUAUCCCGUCUUAAAAUAGCAUUCCCACUCAAAUACCUGGCGUCACAUGCUAUCCACCUGUCCCACAUGCUAAUGCUCACUGAGAAAAUAAUAGAACCCUUGCUGCCAAACAAAUACAGGCCACUCUUGCUCACCGCUCAACCCUCAUGAUACAUAUAUAUAUAUAUAUAUAUAUAGUACUCCAUCAGCUCUGGCAACACAGACGGCUACUUGUCAAGGCCUACACUAUAUCCCUCCUUUCCCUUUUCUCUACCCUCACAAGGGGGGCAAAGUGGAAAACAGAAACAAAGAUAGAAAGCAUGUACUCUCCCCAGAUCUCCACUGCAUUCCUGGCUCUCCUUCUCCUGCUUCUCAUCCAUACCAAAACUAGCCUCAGUUAUCAGUACAAAGUGGGAGAUCUAGACUCAUGGGGAGUACCACCACCCUCCAACAAACAUGUUUACUCUUACUGGUCCCAGCACCACCACUUCCAGAUCGGUGACUCUCUCUUGUUCCUGUACCCACCAAGUCAAGACUCAGUGAUCCAAGUGACAAUGCAGGCAUUUAACAGCUGCAGUAUCUCAGAUCCCAUAUUGAAGAUGAGUGAUGGGAAUUCAAUUUUCAAUAUUACUAAGCCUGGUACGUAUUACUUCACCAGUGGAGUACCUGGGCAUUGCCAGAAGAACCAGAAGCUGGAGGUUGAUGUGCCUAUGGCCAAUGGGACGUUCCUUCCGCCUGCUGGUGAUGGUGUUGCUGCUGGUCCUGGCUCGGCAUUGUCACCGAGUUCUUCGGCUUUUCCCGUUGUCUUCGGGCCCAGUGCUGCGGCGGCAGAACGGUCAGCUGCCGCAGAGAUACGGAUGGCUGUGGCCACCGUGUGGGCAGCGGCGGUGAUUGCCCUGGUCAGUCUUGUUUGAGAAACAAUAUAAAAAUAUGAGU